AUGGGCCACAUCGAAAUGGAAAAGAACGAUGCUCUCCACGUUGAGAGCGAAUCAGUAUCAUCUGGAACCAGCAAUCAGGAGAUGGCGGCUAAGAACAGAGUCGACUUAAGUGCUAAGGAGCAAUAUCGCAAACUCUGGACCGCUAUCAAGGUCGACAGACUCUUCGGAUGGGGCUAUGAUGCCGGCCUGUCCGGAGUCGCGAUUGCUUUUCCAGAAUUCCGCGAGGUUUAUGGCAACUACUAUGCCAAAGGUGAACCAUGGGUCAUCCCAGCACUUUGGCAAUCCCUUUGGAACGCAGCCUCUACCAUCGGCCAGCCUUUGCUCUGGACGGCUGUAACUCUCUCCUUGGCUUCUUCGUUCGCCCUGGUAUUCGCACCGAACCUCCCAGUACUCUUCGUGUCGAAGCUGUUGCUUGGUCUGUCGGUCGGCCUCUCCACUGCCACACCGCCACUCUACGUCACGGAGAAUGCACCAGCACAUCUCCGCAGCACAGCUUCGUCGUUGACCAACGUCAUCAUCGUAUUGGGCUUCUUCUGCUCCUCGCUCACUGGCUAUGGUGCAAGCAAGAUCCAAGGUGUCUGGUCCUUCAAGUUGGCAUUCGUCAUGACAUUCUUGGUCCCGGCUCUGUACAUGCUCGGUCUUCCACUCCUGCCCGAGAGUCCAGUUUGGUAUAUGAAGAAGGGUCGGGAAGCCGAUGCUCGCAAGGCUGCAUUGAAGCUGUACGGCGCGAACGCAAACGUGGACUCGAUCACCGACACCAUCAAGCAGGAACUCCACAAGGAAGACGCAGAGGCUGCUGGUGUGAGUCAGACAAGCUGGUGGGCCAUCUUCACCAAAGAGCAUCGCGCUCGCACCUUCACAGCUGUUCUCGGUCUGCAGUCGCAGAACUUCUCCGGUGGUUAUUUCGCGAACACUUACCAGACAUACUACUUCGAGCUCAUCGGACAGGCCGAUUCGUUCCAGCUCACCGCAAUCUCGUCAACGCUGCAGCUGUUCUCCAACUUUGUGGCUGUCUGUCUGGCCGACGUAAUUCCUCGCCGCAAGGGCCUGAUCGGUGGCGGAACGCUUCUCAUGUUCUGGAGUGUGAUCAUUGCUGGCUGUUCUGUGGCCCCUGAGUCGAACGGAGCCGCCGUCACCGCACUGCUCGCAUUCAUGAUCACUUGGUCGAUGCUGUACACCGCUACCCAACUCACCGCACUCAUGCUUUCUUCGGUCUUUCCAUACUUCAUCAACCCGGAUCGGCUCAACUGGGGAGGCAAGAUCAUGUUCCUCUUCGUUGGCGCCGAGCUUUUCAUCAUCGCUGGACUGUACUGGAUCCAGCCCGAGACCCAGAACAGGACCAACGUGGAUAUCGAUGCGAUGUAUGCUGCCAAGAUACCCGCAAGGAAGUUCAGCCAAUUCGAGGUCGUUGAUGGAGAGGUCCGCCCACGAGCAGGCCAGACCGGCUUCGUAAGCCGCUUUUCGAGGAAGGCAUGA